CUUUCCCAAUGACAUUCCUCACUAAAACUCCCAAGACCAAUAUACCAUGACACAAACGGAAUACGAGGGUUGUGCCCCUCUCCCUACACCAGAAUCUACAGCAUCGUACUGGCACAAGGAACCGUCAAAGAUUCUCCUUAACCACCGAACUACCGAGGACCUGCCACCUGUUGUGGAUGUGGUGGUUGUUGGGAGUGGUAUCGUGGGUGCCUUUGCAGCAUGGCGUCUGUUGCAAGAUGCCCAGGAUAAUGGGCUGAGUGGAGCGCGCAGUAACGUGCAGAACGUCUUGAUGCUUGAGGCCAGAGAAGCUUGCUGGGGUGCUACUGGAAGGAAUGGAGGCCACUGCCAGCCGAAAUUAUUCGGCCAGGCCCCCCAUAUCUCUCGCUUCGAGCUGGAUAAUUAUACCUUUUUGAAGUCCUUCAUCAAGGAAAAUAAUAUCCCGUGUGACUGGGAGACAGUCGAGGGCUGCAAAUCAUUUUAUUCCAAGGCGAUGUUCGACAUGGCAAUCUCUGAUUCCGAGGCAUCAGCUAAGCUUGAUCCAGAGUUAGGCAAGCUAAUGACGCCCAUUAGGCCAGGUGAUGCGAACCCUUCGUUGAAAGACGUUAGGUUAGGAAGUGCAUCCCUGGGCGCUUUGGUGCAGAAACCUGCUGCAAGCCUCUGGCCGUAUAAGUUGGUAGCCUGGAUGCUUGAGCAGCUACUUGAAAGAAAUGGCUCAUCACCUGAAGUAUCUUUUAAUCUCCAAACCAAAACGCCUGUAACGCACAUCCAAAGUCUUGCAGACGGCAGGUGGAUGGUCCAUACCGACAGAGGAAUGGUUGCCGCAAAUAAAGUCUUACUAGCUACGAAUGCCUAUACAUCGCAUUUACUACCACAUUUUUCGGAUCUCAUAGUUCCCGUCCAGGGCCAGAUGAGCUCCUUAAUACCCCCUCCUUCCAUAUCACCAAGUACCGGAAAACCUCUAAGCUACACGAAUUCAUAUGGCUUCCUUGGAAACAAGAGCCAGAAUUCCAACCAGGACGAUUACCUAGUACAGCGGCCUUUCCGCGAAGUGGACGGGAAGUUAUCUGGAGGCGAACUCAUGUUCGGCGGUGGCCGUGGCCAAGCCACGAUUUUAGGGAUGGGCGUCGCGGAUGACACAACUAUCGACGAGGCAGUUGCUCACUACCUGCGGACCGAGCUGAAUAACGAACUUGAUCUGGACAAUGACAAUACAGAGCUCAAAGCCUCUUACGAGUGGACGGGCAUAAUGGGCUUCAGUCGAGAUGGCAGGCCUUGGUGUGGCGAGGUCCCGAUUGGGAUGGGAGGUGGAGAGGGGUUAUUUAUCUGCGCCGGCUUCACGGGACACGGUAUGCCGACUACAAGUCUGAGCGCUAAAUACGUUGCGGAUCUCAUGAUGGGGAAGCAGGAGAGCGAUUUCAAGAUUCCGGAAGAGUAUAUUGUUUCCCAGUCGAGGGCAGCUAUAUCAAGGACGUACACCGAGGUGGUGAUGGUAGAUCUGCAGCCAGAUGAUUAUCAUUGCUAGGAUAUCCACGAAAUAGCCCGACGAGAAGAGAUAGUUGAUAAUUUGAAGCAUAUAUUCCACU